GGAACCGUGAUGGCCGACGAUAACCUUCCAUUUAACUUCCACACCCUCAGCCGGGGAAUUGACCUUCUUCAAAACCUGAACACCACUGCCCUGAUUGCCCGGUGCGUCUGGACAGCUGUUUCGGCCAACGAUUCUCAUAUGUACAUCUGAUUGCCGCGAUCCCAGAGACGGGGCAUCCAAAAGGGGGAAAGUACAUCAAGACAUACGGUUUCCUCUUCAUCUCUUGAGCUUGGCAAGAAGAGCCAUCUCAGCAACCGAGUGUUUCCUCUUCACAUUGGGCAGUCUUCAUUGCUCUGUGAGAACCAAAAGUGCAUAGAGACCAGUCCGAACAGAGAAAAAAAAAAAAAAAAAAAAAAAAACGAAAAAAAAAAAACACAAUCAUGUCCUUCACUGACGCGCCAGUAACCAAGGCACUGGUCUUGGGCCUGGUUGGGCUCUCCAUCGCCGCCAGCGUCUUUGACAUCAAGCACUACUUCUACAUCUCAAUUGGCACUCACUUCCUCCGCUACGGACAACUAUGGCGCAUGUUGACGUACCAACUAUGCUACACCAACUCAUCCGAGGUGCUCUUUGGAGCCAUGUCCCUCUACCACAUGAGAAUGGUUGAGCGGUUUUGGGGAUCAAGGAAAUAUGCCUCCUUCAUCCUCCUAGCCGCACUCUUCACAGCCAUUAUUCCGCCCAUCUUCCUCACUGUCGUGCUACGACCGCUCUCCUUCGGCGUCCUGGACUACAUACCCGCCGGACCGACACCGAUUCUCUUUGCCAUUCUCGCGCAGUACCACGCCAUGAUCCCGCAGAUCUACAAGUACAAGGUCGCCUUAUCUGCCAAGACACCAUCCAACGCCAGCGACGACACCAGCGGGUUCAUCUUCUCGGACAAGUCGACGCGGUAUCUCAUGGCCUUGCAGCUGGCCCUCUUCCAGUGGCCCGGCUCUCUCCUCGGUGCGGUGAUUGGUUGGGCAGUGGGGUAUCUGUGGCGCAACGAUCUCUUGCCUUCGGCGGUUGCGCGCUGGCGGGUUCCGGGGUGGGUGGUCGGUCUUCGCGCCCAGAAGAGGAACGACAGGUUUGAUGGGAUUCGGAGGAGACUGGAGGAUGAAGGGGCAUCUACUGGUGUGGCUACGGGCGCGCAGCCAGCUGCUGAGGGGGAAGGGAGCAGGAGGAGACCAUUGGGUCAGCAACUGAUAGAUGAGGUUAGAGGGGCAUUUUAAGAUGAGGAGUAUGGGUGUUUCCAGUUCGGACAAGGUGGUUUGGGGCCAUGGAGGACAGCAAUAAUACAAAUGUUGGUUCGUAACAUGAUAUGUCCUGUUUGACGUCCAGUUGUCCUGUAGCCGCAACAGCCUGGGUGGGAGAUUCGAC